CUUUCAACCAUGGCACCCGGUCGCUUGGAAUCUCCCAUCACCACACUUCCAGACUCCUCACAAACAACAACCGCGCCUCGAGAGAGCCAUUUCAUCAAUCUAGCUCUAACAAAAACUCUGCCCAUACCUAUAUCAGGGAAAGGCAUCGAGCUCUACCUAUCCGACGGUCGAACCAUAAUCGACGGCUGUGGCGGAGCAGCCGUCUCAAUAAUCGGCCAUGGCAACGAAGAAGUCGCCCUUCAGACCCACAAACAAGGCCUCCAACUAGCCUACGCACACCCGGGAGCCUACACCACGACCCCUGCCGGAGAGCUCUGCCAAUUUCUAUUAGACGGAAACCCCCAUGGCUUUGAGAAGGUAUUUCUGUGCAGCUCGGGCAGUGAAGCUACCGAAACCACGAUGAAGUUGGCGAAACAGUGUGCUUUUGAGAAAGGAGAGCCGGAAAGGAUGCAUUAUGUGUCACGGUGGCAAGCGUAUCAUGGGAGUACAAUGGGCGCGAUGUCAAUGUCGACAAAUUUGGCGAGAAAAGAAGGGUUUGAAGGUCUUGGGUAUCCCCAUGUGUCGCAUGUCUCCCCACCAUAUGCAUAUCAGUAUCAAAAAAGCGACGAAACGGAAGAUCAGUACGCAACGCGACUGAUACAAGAAUUAGACGAUGAGUUCAAGCGUGUUGGAACACAGAAAGUGCUCAUGUUUACGGCAGAGACGGUGGGGGGUGCGACAGCAGGAUGCAUAACUCCGCCAACCGGGUACUUCCGCGGUGUCCGAAAACUUUGCGACAAGUAUGGCAUUCUGCUGCAUCUGGACGAGGUCAUGUGUGGGGUUGGGCGUACGGGAACGUUCUACGCGUUUGAGCAAGAGGGCAUCGUACCGGAUAUCGUCACGAUCGGAAAGGGGUUCGGAGGUGGCUAUGCUCAAAUUGCAGCGGUGUUGAUCCAUAAGAAAGUGGUUGAUGUUUUCCGAAAAAACUCGAAACCAUUCAAUCAUGGACAUACCUACGAAUCGCAUGCUACCGCGUGUAGAGCGGCGCUGGCAGUGCAGAAGAUCGUCCGGAGAGAUCACCUUAUCGAGCGAAGUGCAGCGAUGGGAAAAGUCCUUGACGCUGAACUCCGUUCACAGCUUGCCCCUUGCAAAUCAGUCGGAGAUAUCAGAGGAAGAGGGACUUUCAUGGCUGUCGAAUUUGUGAAAUGCAAAGAUACCAAGGAAUCUUUCCCGCCAGAGUUGCGCUAUGGGAUCCAGGUUCAACGCUUCAUUCAUGAUUUGGGUGUGGAUGUGUAUCCUGGCGCGGGGACUGUGGAUGGUAUUCGCGGAGAUCACAUCUUGAUUGCUCCACCGUAUACUGUUACGGAGGAGCAGGUGCGGCAUAUCUGCUCGGUGGUUCGACAGGCUGUGCUGGAGAUGGAGGCAGUAUACAUGUGA